AUGGUUAAACCAACUCAAUUCAGGAUCUUGGUAGGAUCUUAUGAACAUAACUUGUUAUGUGUAUCAUUGAUGUUAACCGAAACCCCAGUGUUUCAACCAGUUUUCCAUUUUGAAGCACAUUCAUUAUCAAUCAAAUCCAUUGAUAUUGCUAAAAGAUAUUUAGUUACUGGUUCUAAUGAUGAACACAUUAGAAUUUAUGAUUUACAAAAGAGAAAAGAAUUAGGAACUUUAUUGAGUCAUCAAGGUACUGUCACUAGUUUAAGAUUCUCCGAUGAAGCUGAAGAAGGUGAAGAAUCUACAGAAAAAUCAGGUAAAUGGUUAUUAUCAGGAUCAGAAGAUGGGAAGAUUAUAAUAUGGCGUAGUAAAGAUUGGGAAGUUUUUGGAACUUUGAAAGGACACCAAGAUAGAAUUAAUGAUUUAGAUAUUCAUCCAACUGGUAGAGUAGCCAUUUCUGUUUCAAAAGAUCAAACUAUAAGAUUAUGGAAUUUGAUGACUGCUAAAAAAGCUGCUGUAUUGAAAAUUAAAGGAAGAGAUAGUCUUGGACAACAACCAGAAUUCGUUAGAUGGUCUAAAACAGGAGAUCAUUUCAUUGUUGGUUUCAUGAACAAACUUUUCAUCUAUGAAACUAAUAAUGCUAAAAUAUAUCAAAAAUAUAAUUUCAAAACCACUUUAAUGUGUAUGAAAGUUAUUGUUGUUAAGGAUAAAGAAUAUGUUGUUCUUGGUCAUAGUAAUGGAUUAAUUGAAAUGGUAGAAUUUGAAAAAUUAACCAAACAAGGAGCUUCAGAUGAACCUUUAGUAUUCAAACCAGAUAUAACUUUAAGAGGACAUGCUAAUCGUAUAAAAGAUUUAACAUACUAUUAUAAUCCAAAAGAUUCACAAGUUCCAUAUCUUAUCUCAGUUUCAUCUGAUGGUAAAAUAGUUGUAUGGGAUUUAGAUCAACAUGAUCAAGUAGCUGUUUAUGAUAGUGGUGAAAGAUUAAAUUGUGUAGCAGUUUGUUCAGAGACCAUUGAAAAAGCUGAUACCAUGAAAAGGAGAUCAGAGAAUGAAAUGCCAGAUAUUGAUUCUGAAUAUGAAACUGAUGGUGAAGAAAUGAAGAAAAUCAUGAAGAAGAGGAAAGGUAAGAAAUCUAAAGUUACCAUUACAAGGGAAUAA